AUGGCCGCUGAAUCAACUGUAUCAUGUUCGGCAGGGGAUAACUCCUCGGAAGAAUCCCCUAGCGUGUCCUCCAUCUCUCUACAGACCUCAAUCGACGUCUCGCAAUCUGUUGAUGAUAUUGACCAGAUCUGGGAUCGCAACGCCACCGUACAUAAGCAACUGCAGAGUUGUGUACACCAUCUUGUCAGCGAGAUAGCUGCCAGUCAACCAGAUGCCUUGGCUGUUUGUGCGUGGGAUGGGGACCUUACAUACUCCCAGCUGGAUGAACUGGCGAGCUGUGUUGCCAACACGAUCCUUCAGCAUGGCGUAAAGCACAGAUCUGUCGUGCCGCUGCUUUUCUCCAAGUCGCGAUGGACCUCUGUUAGCAUGCUCGCCAUUAUCAAGGUCGGCUGCAUCGCAGUAGCUCUGGAUGCUACGCAGCCAGACAGGAGAUUACUCUCCAUUGUUGAGCAAGUGUACCCCCAGGUUAUACUUUCGUCACCAGGACACUACCGAAGAGCAACCUCCCUCGCCAACGUUCCGGUUAUCCAAGUCGACGACACGCUUCUGAAACCAGAAUUCUCGAAAAGGGCAAUCUUCCAUUUGCCCUACACCAUCUCUCCGUCAGAUAUUGUUUAUAUAUCUUUCACCUCUGGAAGUACUGGUCAACCAAAAGGUGCUUGCAUUAGCCAUGCCAAUGUGAGAAGCGCUGUAUUCUACCAAGGCGAAAAGCUGGGCUUCCGCCGUGGCCGAAGGGUUUUCGAUUUUGCUCCUUACUCCUUCGAUGUUGCAUGGAGUAAUUUUCUCCACACGAUCUGCUCAGGGGGAUGCCUUUGCGUUGCAUCCGAGAAAGAUAUGCUGAGUGAGCUGUCGUCCUCGAUCACCGCGUUCAAGGCGUCGUUGAUCAAUGUUACGCCGACCGUACUGAGGACAAUCAACCCAAUUCCAUCAUCUCUUCAGACGGUUCUCCUCAGCGGUGAGAUGCCACAUCCGGACAACAUAACCCGGUGGGCUGGCCGUGUGAGGCUCCUGAAUACUUAUGGCCCAACUGAAUGUACAUUUAAAUGUGCCUUUUCAAUUCUUACGCCCUCGGUUGAGUCUCGUCCGGAUAUAGGGACCGGCGUUGGGUUUUCGACGUGGAUUGUGGAUCCAGACAACAGCGAAAAGCUUGCCCCUAUCGGAUCUAUAGGAGAACUGUACCUUGAGGGACCCCUUGUUGGCCAGGGGUAUAUAGGGGAUCUGGAAAAGACAAAUGCAGCUUUUGUCACGGACCCAGCCUGGCUUCUUGCUGGAAGCACGCAUCACGUCGGCAGACAUGGUCGUUUGUAUAAGACGGGUGAUCUCGUUCGGUACAAUCCCGAUGGGAAUUUAGUGUUUGUUGGCCGCAAGGACGCCUCUCAACUCAAAAUACGGGGCCAGAGAGUCGAAAUUGGUGAUGUUGAGCACCACGUUCGUGCCUCUCUUCCGAGAAGAGUUCACAUAGUCGUAGAUGUCAUCACUCCUCACGGCGGUGGAAGUGAAGACCGUUCGUUGAGUGCCUUCAUUGAACUGGAAGGUCAAGAUAUUCACAACAUCAAGCAAGCUAUGGACGGUCUUGCUGAACAGCUGAAGGGAGUCAUUCCAGCUUUCAUGAUCCCCAGAAUCUACUUCCCUGUUGCAAAAAUCCCGAUUACAGCCACCGGGAAGUCAGAUAGGAGACUUCUUCGCGAGAUGGCUAGUGCUUUAACAUGGGAUGAGAUUAUUGCCGCCCAAGCGACUAUCUUCUCCUCGGUGCAACACACAGCACCAUCUGAUCCCAUAGAACAGCAAUUGGCACACAUCUGGGCCACUAUUCUGAAGUUGGACCCAACUCGUAUCAGCACUACGGACAGUUUCCUUCGACUCGGUGGUGAUUCCAUUACCGCCAUAUUUGUUGUCGCCGCCGCCCGCGAAAGAAACUUGGCAAUGAGUGUUGCAGACUUGAUCAGGACUCCAAUACUCCGAGAUCUGGCACAGUCAGUGACCCGUGGAGACUUCUCUGGCAUUGAGAUUGUUGAGCCGUUUGCCUUGUUGAGUAACAAAAGCACCGAGGCUCUGCUGCGCGAACACAUUGCCAAGAUUUGUCAUCUUGGUACAACAUUUGUUGAAGAUGUUUUCCCUUGCACCCCCCUUCAGCAAGGAAUGCUAGCCAUGACUGCUAAGAGCGAGAGAUCCAACCACUCAGUAAACAGCUUAUCGACUGCAAACUAUGUAGCACGGACUGCAUUCGAGUUACCGUCUAAUAUCGACAUGGAUCGUUUUGAGAUGGCGUGGACGGCUAUGGUUAAGUCAACUCCCAUAAUUCGAACAAGGAUAGUUGAUGUUCCGGGAGAGGGAUUGGUUCAGGUCGUAGUCGACGAGGUCUUAUCGUUGAUACAAUACCCUGGUAUCGCCUCGUUCUUAGAAGAUGCGGCCCCGAUGGGCUUGGGCACCCGUCUGUUUCAAGCUGGCAUCGUGCAGCAUGGCGGCAAGCGUUAUUAUCUAUCGGAAAUACACCAUGCGCUAUUUGAUCGCUGGUGUAAUGUGCUUAUUAUGGAUGCAAUAGCGGCAGCCUACCAAGGGACAGAACAGCAACCACUCCACCCUUUCCAACUUUUUAUCAAGCACAUCACAACUAGGAGUGUGACCGACUCUAUCCAAUUCUGGUCAAAUCAACUUGACGGGUCUUUGCCCUCCACAUUCCCGCCGGUCAACUUUACUCCAAAUACCAAGGCGGAUCUUGAUCUCCAGAUCGGAGGGUUGCAGUGGCCAUCAUCUGGCAUUACUGCCUCUACGGUAAUUCGUUCGGCUCUUGCGAUCCUACUUGCUUCCUACUCCAAUCUAGACGACAUCACGUUUGGGGCAACAGUGAGCGGUAGACAAGCUCCUGUCUCCGGAAUAGAGAGGAUCGCUGGGCCAACGAUCAGCACAAUUCCAGUUCGAGUCCCUAUCAAUCGGUCCAUCUCGGUAGAUGAAUUCCAAAAGCAACUCCAAUUUCAAGCCCUGGAUAUUAUGAACCAUGAGCACUACGGUUUACAAAAUAUCCAGCGGAUCAGCAAAGAGAUUGAGAAAGCUAGUCGAUUCCAAGUUCUCCUGGUAGUUCAAGCCGCUGUUCAAGGUACCAGUGAGAAAGAAGGGGGUAUAUUCUCAAAACCGAAGACUGUGAUCAUCCCGGAACACGAGUCGGGUCCUAUCCUUGUAUCAAAGGACAGCAAAGCAGACAGUAUGGGCAUCUACAACUCAUAUGCCAUGAUGAUUAUUUGCCACUUGGACUCUUCGACGGAGAUGACUGUCAAAAUUAACUAUGACACAGGCGCGAUCAAGGAGCAGGAGGCUAGGCGAUUUUGUCAGCAGUUCCACAGCCUCAUUCAAGCGAUGUGUGCUCCAUCACAUGGUUGUUUGAACUUAACAGAUAUCUCUUUACUUACCACAAACGAUCUUGACCAAAUAUCGAGCUGGAACAAAACACCGCUUGACAUACCAGACAACAACAUGGUUGAUUUGAUCGACAGACACGCAAAUUCAAAUCUUGCCGCUGUCGCAAUUUCAUCCUGGGACCAGCAGCUUUCAUACAAGCAACUGAGAGGCAUAACCCAGAGUAUCGAGAGCGUCUUAAGAGUCAGGGGAGUAAAAGAAGGCUCAAUAAUUGUGCUCAAUUUCGAGAAGUCAGCGUGGUUUGUCGCGAGCAUCCUGGCAGUGUUGAGAAUUGGAGCUGUCGCGUUACCAACUUCUGCGACAUGUUCUAGACAACGUGCCCAAGAUAUUGCAGAGAGCUUAAGACCCGAAUUAGUACUUGUAUCAGCUCUAUCACAGUCCUCUCCCUUCGAUGAACUUGUGCCAACUAUCUCGAUCCCGGCACAGGCUUCUCAAGAAGCUGACGAGCGGGAGGUUUCCUCGAAACAAAUACAUAGCGCUUGCGAUCCGGCGCUCAUACUAUUUACAUCUGGGUCUACAGGGACCCCUAAAGCUAUUCAAUGGAAUCAUGGUGUAUUGUCAAGCAAUAUCCAUGAGGCAACGUCCUCGUUUGGAAUUACUGGUACAAGCAGAGUGUUCCAAUUUGCUGGCUACGACUUUGAUGUGAGCAUCGUUGAGACACUUGCAACUCUUAGUGUUGGUGGCUGUCUAUGCAUUCCGUCAGAGUUUGAUAGAACCAACCGGUUGGCAGAGUCUAUACAUGAAUCAAAAGCUAACUGGCUGGGCUUGACGCCUUCGAUUUCUGAAAACCUGAACCCCGAAUCCUUGCCAUUCGUAAAGACAAUCGUUUUCGCAGGAGAAAGGCUACUACAAAGAACUGCAAUGAGAUGGAUGAAAAGUGUCGAUUCCGUUCACAACUGGUACGGCCCAGCAGAGGCGUCUGUAGCAACGUCCUAUCGAGUAACGCCAGAAAGCUGGGUUGAUGGCGCUAUUGGAAAAGGCCAUAAUAAUCUCACCUGGCUCGUGGAUCCGAAUAACCAUCAUCUUUUGGCCCCAAUUGGAGCAAUUGCGGAGCUUUGUAUUCAAGGCUCGAUCGUUGCGACCUACAUAGGUGCCAAAAGCCAGGUAUUGAACGAUUCAUCCUACUUCUCACCCCAGUGGAAUGUUGUCAAACGCCAAGAGUCUUUCCCGAAACACUUCAGAAGGUUGUAUAAGACUGGAGAUCUUGUUAAAUACACCUCAACGGGAGAUAUUAUUUUCCUCGGCCGGAAAGACGACUCUCAAAGAAAGCUACGAGGCCUGCGGAUUGACUUGAGUGAUGUUGAGUGUUAUGUUCAGCAGUUCCUCUCCGGUAAACUCGAAGUGAGCGUGGUGGCGGAGAUUUUCACUCCUCGUGAAAGUAAAAUAGAGACACUCGCUCUGUUCAUUGCCGUUGCUCAAGAUAGCGAGCAAGAUCCUCUAGAUAUAUUUCACCGUUCCCUCCCAGUGGAUGCACUGGAAGGAGAUCUAGAAAUGCGACUGCCUCCUCAUAUGAUCCCUAAAGUAUACCUUCCAAUUGAAAAGAUCCCGUUCACACAUACUGGGAAGAUCGACAGACGAUAUCUCCAAGAAAUUGGGGGUGCCCUUACGCACCAACAGUUGGCGGAGUUGCAACCGCUUCGGGAAGAAUCUAGGAGGCCAUCUCCUGGGAUGGAACAAAUUUUACAAAGUCUGUGGGCAGAAAUCAUUCACAUCGAGAAAGAUGCGAUAUAUGCUACCGAUAAUUUCCUUCGGCUUGGUGGCGACUCGAUCGCGGCCAUGCGGUUAGUUGCAUUGGCCCGUAUGAGAAGCCUUUCUCUGAGCGUAGCUGACAUAUUUGAGGCGCCACAGCUGGAGAAUAUGGCACAAAGAACGGUCUAUGUGGACGAUUCAACAACAAAGACAAACUGUCUUGCUCCGUUUUCGCUCCUUUCGGGAGUCAUUCCGGAGGCAGAUAUCCGCACGCAGGCAGCACAACUUUGUUCAGUGCCUGUAUCUCGCAUCGUCGAUGCGUACCCAUGCACAAUGCUUCAACAAGGCUUACUUGCUCUCGGCGCAAAAGCUCAUGGUCAAUACAUCUCGAGAAGUGUUUUCGGUCUUCAGCCUACAAUAGACACCGCGACACUUAAGGUGGCCUGGGAAGCGACUGCUGAAAAGUUGACCAUUUUGAGAACUCGUAUUGUUGAUCUUCCAGGGCAAGGAUUGGUACAAGUUGUACUCGACAGAAAUCCCAUUACUACUGGAAGUAAUGUGGGAGACUACAUUCAUGCAGAUGAAGCCCAGCCGAUGGAUCUUGGCACUGAACUGUGUCGGGCAGCUAUCGUUGACAGAGACUUCAUUCUUACGAUCCACCACUGCGUAUAUGAUGGAAGCUCGUUUAAAACGAUUCUCGAUGAAUUGGAGUGCCAGUAUUUCGGUAAACAGGGAAUAACUGUCACGCCUUUCGCAAACUUCAUUCAGCAUCUGAUUAAUAUUGAUAAGAACGAGGCAACGAAUUUCUGGAAAGCCCAGUUAUCAGGGGUAGAGCCGAGACAAUUCCCGUCUCUUCCUACCCGGCUUUACGAGCCUCGAGCUAAUGAGGAUCUGGAGCACGAUAUUUUGCUUCAAUGGCCGCGAGAAGGGAUAACACCUUCAACAAUAAUCCGGUCUGCGUGGUCAAUACUUGCAGCACAACAUACAGCAACCAGUGAUGUCAUCCUUGCCGUGACAGUCAGUGGCAGGCAGGCAGACUUACGAGGUGUUGAGAAUUGCGUUGGCCCUACAAUUUCAACUAUACCACUUUGCGUUUCAAUCCAUGGGAACGAAUCUGUCGAAUCUCUUCUCAGCCGCAUCCAGAAGCAAACGGUCUCAACAACUGCCUAUGAGCAGUUUGGCCUGCAAAACAUUCAACGCUUGACUGGCCUACAAGAGGCUCGUCUGCUGCAAACCUUGCUCGUUGUUCAACCCGAAACCGAGGGAAGGGGAUUGUACGACGAUAGUGGUGUUUUCAAAGCCCGGAACUACUCUUCCAGCCUUUCAACCAUGGGAACGGAUCCAUUCAACACAUAUGCACUGAUGCUGGUCUGUGAGCUGACUAAGUUUGGACUUCGUCUGCGACUGAGCUUCGACAACAAUUUGAUCGACGGCAAGCAGAUGGCCCGUAUAGCACAUCAAUUUGAAGGAGUUAUCCAGCAGCUUUGUGAUGCAAGAACUUCUUGCUGCAAAAUCGAAUCUUUGCAGGUAGCCAGUAGAGCCGAUCUUGAAUCUUUCUGGGCAACCAAGUCCAAGCCCCCAAAACAGCCUGACCGGACUAUAAUGCCCAUGAUCGAUUCCAUUGGCAAGCUAUAUCCAGCGUCGAUCGCAAUUGAUGCUUGGGACGGCCAGUUUACCUAUGAAGAAGUUGAAGAGUUGUCCAACACUAUAGCCCAAAAUAUCCUUACCCGAGGAUUACUUGAGGGUUCUGUCAUCGCAAUUUAUCUUGAGAAGACUAGAUGGGCCCCAGUCAUGCAGCUCGCGGGCAUGAAGGCCGGCUGCGCCAUACUCAUGCUGUCUUCUAUUGUUCCGGAGCACCGAAUCCAGAAGGUAUUCAAAAAUGUCGGAGUUCAAGCUGCAGUAGUUUCAGAAUCUCUCAGGGGUAGUGUUUCUCGGCAAACCCGCUGCUUCAGUAUCGAGGAACUAAUUAUAGAACCACUUGAUACUACUCCUUUUCCAGUGGUUACGGUGAACAGCCCAGCCGCCAUUUUGGUAUCGUCUGGAAGCACAGGCGAGCCUAAGCAGAUUCCUUGGAACCACAGCACCAUGGCGGCUAAUGUUAAGGGUUACGCUGAUUCAACGGCGAUGAAUGCCAGUUCUCGAGUGUUCCAAUUCGCGUCAUAUGAUUUUGAUGUUAGCACAGUCGAAGUACUGGCAACGCUUGCUUAUGGGGGGUGCAUCUGUAUUCCAUCUGAGUCAGACAGGCUUGAUGGUUUGUCUGCAGCUGUCAGUCGUUUUGCUGCCAAUCAUAUGAAUAUUACACCAUCAACCGCGAAGCUCCUCGAGCCCAAGGAUGUACCCAGUCUGAAAACAAUGGUUUUUGGCGGCGAGAAUCUUACUAGCGAAGAUGUUAGCAAAUGGAGACACCAAUGCAGUCUCAUCAACUGGUAUGGCCCGGCUGAGUCUUCCGCGGCAACCUUCCAUUCUGCCAACGACCCCAACUGGUAUACGGGCAUGAUCGGAGAUUGCUCGAGCGCCAACAACAUGACUUACAGCUGGAUUGUUGAUCCCAAAUAUCCCGAUAGACUUUCUCCAUUCGGAGCUGUUGGUGAACUGGCCCUUGAAGGCCCUACCUCUGCUGUGCGAUACAUUGGGAACGAGGCGCUGUCAAAGGCGAGAUUUUUGGAGAACCCAGGCUUCUUGGCCGCCGGAUUUGUGCCCAAUGUUCAAGGCAGAUAUGGCCAAGUCUAUCUCACCGGAGAUUUGGUGAAAUGCGACUCCAACGGAAAACUUGUAUUCAUCGGAAGGCAGGACACUCAGCUCAAGAUACGUGGCCAGCUUGUCUCUCCGGUAGAAGUAGAGCGGGAAGUUCGAAAAGCUCUGAAGAGUACAGAUACCGAAAUAGCUGUUGAUGCUGUUACAGUCCGUAAUAGAACUGGCACUACUCUGGCCGCAUUCGUCGUUGCCGCCACACAAUCUGAGGUCGAUAGUCUGACUGCUGGGCUCAACACAAAGCUCAAGGGUUUUCUACCAGACUAUGCCAUUCCGUCCUGCUACAUAGCAAUUUCAUAUAUUCCAACUGGUGCAACAGGAAAGCGAAACUACGCUAGACUGCGAGAAAUAGGAGCUUCAUUUGAACCACUUUGUGACAGCUUAAGUGAUAAGUGGCGAGAACCAGUCACGAUGGCUGAGAGAACACUGCGAGGACUUUGGGCUACAGCGCUGGGUUUAGAUGCAGACAGUAUCUCUACCAACGACAGCUUUCUUCGACUGGGUGAUUCCAUCCAGGCCAUGAGAUUGGUAGGUAUCGCUCGACAACAAGGGCUCCAAUUAACAGUUGCUGAGAUAUUCCAAAACCCGGUUCUCGUGGAUAUGGCAACAAUAAUGAGGAGCAAGAUGGAAAACGAGGACGUUCGUAUUGAACCUUUUUCUCUCUUGGGCCCGGUCCAUGGAACUGCAUCCCUCGUUGCGGAUGCUGCAGGACUUCUCCACAUCAAGAAGGAGGAUAUUGAAGACUUGCUUCCCUGUACACCUUUGCAGGAAGGUCUCUUGGCAUUAACUGUGAAAACCAGUGACUAUUACGUUGGCCGCAAUGUUCUCAGACUUGCCCAUUCCAUCGACCCAGGUCGCUUUAGAAAGGCCUGGGAAAAGGUUAUAUCCGUGAUUCCCAUCUUACGGACUUCUAUUAUAGACCUCCCUGAACAUGGCCUUGUUCAAGCUAUUCUGCGAAGCCAGAAUUCUUGGAUCGAGGCGGCAAGCUACGAUGAAUAUCUGGCGAAGGAGAGUGAGCAUCCGAUGGGUCUAGGGGAACCGCUCAUGAGAUACUGCCUGUUCGCUAUCAAUGGUUCUUGGAAUUUUGCCUUAACCUUACAUCAUUCCAUUUACGACGGGUGGACAGUGCCCCUGUUUAUGGAAUUCUUGGAAGGGUUCUAUUACGGUAUACAACCUCAUUCGCAAAUCCCUUUCCAAUAUUUUGUUAAAUACAUCCGGCACAGAGACCAGCAAGCCGACGCUGAAUAUUGGAAAGGGCAGUUUGAAGACUUGGAGGCGCCACAAUUUCCAGCGAUUCCAUCGUCCAAUUAUCAACCUCAAACAGAUUCCACUUAUGUGCACAUAGUAGAAAACAUCUCACGGAGAACAGACGACAUUACUCCGUCAACUGUUAUCCAGACUGCUUUCGCGAUUCUUUGUGCCCAGUACACAAACUCAGCUGACGUUGUGUUCGGAGCUGUCGUUGAUGGCCGAAAGGCAGCGGUCAGCGGGAUCGAGAGACUUGCAAGUCCUACCAUUGCGACUGUUCCAAUAAGGAUAAAAGUAGACGAUCAAGGCAAGAUUAUUACUCAUCUUCAAGACGUGCAGCGCCAAAACACCGACAUGAUACCGCAUGAACAGACAGGUUUAUCCAAUAUCUCUCGGGUUAGUGAGGACGCUCACCAGGCCUGCCAGUUCCAAACAAUGCUGGUUAUUCAACCCCAGGAGACGAACAUUGGCGACUCAAGCUUGUUCGCAUCCCUGAGGCUUGUCAGCACAGCUGAAAACCAAGCUCGGCGUUACCAUAAGUUUAAUUCAUAUGCUCUAUCCAUCAUCUGCUCGUUGGAUGAUGGCCGGAUCAAAAUAGAAUUCUCGUUUGAUUCCGCUGUCAUCGGUAAGGAUUCUAUAAAAUUGCUAGGGCAACAAUUUGGACAACUGUUAAGGACUCUCUGUAAUCGAGAAGUGGAUGAUUCGCGAGUCGGCGAUAUCGAUACUUCAACGGAUAAGGACUUGAAUAUGAUAUGGAACUGGAACUCUAUAAAGCCAGAGUCGAUUGAGAGAUGCUAUCACCACAUCUUUGCCGAUGUUGUCCAGUCUUUUCCAGAUGCGGUGGCAGCUACUGGUUGGGAUGGUGAGGUCACCUAUGCACAAUUAGACCUUGCAUCUACUAUCCUUGCCUAUCGACUGAUCGACCUGAGAGUCCAGAGAAAUACAAUCAUCCCUUUAUGUUUCGACAAGUCUGUGCUGACAUUGGUCGCUCUUCUCGGCGUAAUCAAAGCUGGCGCCGGUGUCGUAUUCUUAGAUAUGGCCCUGCCUGGACCACGACUUGAGUCUAUCGUCCAACAGUUCAAACCAAAUCUUAUUGUUUCGUCUCCUGAAAAUCAGCCAGUGGCUAAGAUUUUAGUUGACAAUGUGCUGGUAAUAAGCGCUCAAACAGAUUUAAUACCCAUUUCCUCAAAGCUUAAGCAUUCUAGAGAUGCUUUACCAUUCGUCGACCCAUCUGAUUAUCUUUACGCCGUCUUCACGAGUGGGACGACGGGCACUCCCAAGGGCUGUUUGAUACAACAUCGCAACUUCAGUAGUGCAGUUACUCUGCAGCAAGAAUUCCUUGGGUUUACCAAUCGUGCUAGGGUUUAUGACUUUUCAUCUUAUUCGUUUGAUGCGGUACAUUGGACUAUUCUCCACACACUCGCGGCCGGGGGAACGCUGUGUGUCCCGAGCGAUGUCGAGAGAAAGAGUAACCUGACAGAAAGUAUUCGGAAUUUCAAAGUGACACAUAUAGGGCCAACACCAUCUCUGGCUCGCUUGAUCAAUCCAGAUGAGAUCCCAACUAUGGAGAGGAUAUACUUUGGUGGGGAAGCUGUGACUAAAGAGGAUUUAUCGCGAUGGAUGCCCCGGUCUACCGUUACGAUAAUGUACGGGCCCUCAGAGUGCUCGUCCACUACCGUAUUUUGGAGUGUACCAACAACUGUUCCCGAUAGACUACCCAUCGGCAAUGGAGUAGGUGCCUCCACGUGGAUAAUUGAUCCAAAAUCCAACGAUAGACUGGCCCCGGUUGGUACGAUCGGAGAGUUAUGGCUAGAGGGUCCUCUGGUAGGAAUGGGCUACUUGAACAAUAAGGAGCGAACCGAGGCAUCCUAUCUAGAAGACCCUACCUGGUUGCUCCGCGGAUCUCCAGAUGGUAGUGUAGCUGGACGCGCUGGUCGGAUGUAUAGGACUGGUGAUCUUGUCAAGUACGAUCCUGUCGAUGGUGCCUUGAUUUUCGUCAGCAGAAAGGAUACUCAAGUCAAACUCCGAGGCCAGCGGAUUGAGCUUGCUGAGGUCGAGUAUCAUGCUCGAAAUUGUCUAGCGAGGAGACUUUCAGCAGCACCAAAAACGACGGCGGAAGUUGUUGUUCCAAAGAUCACUGCACGAGCUUUAUUGAUGGUAUUUGUCGAGCUCAAGGAGAGUGAGCAUUCGGAGUUUUACCAAUGUAUAGAGGACUUGAAAGACGAAUUGGCUGAGCUUGUUCCUUCGUAUAUGGUCCCUGCUGCAUUCAUGCCCGUUGAGAAGAUUCCACUGACAGUCAGUGGCAAAACGGAUCGAAGGCGCCUACGGGAGUUGGGGGAGAGUAUCACUCUGGAACAGUUUGGUGGUGCAGAAGAGAAUCCGGCUGCCGCCAUGGAACUUACCGAUUCACAGUUGCGGCUCCGCACGCUGUGGGUUAGUAUUUUAGCAGUUUCAUUGGACAAAAUCCAUUCGGAAAGCAGCUUCAUCCGUCUUGGAGGAGACUCUAUUUCUGCAAUGCGGCUGGCGGUUUUGGCUCGGAGCCAUAAUAUUUCACUCACUGUGCAAAACAUACUUAAAGCUCCAAGGUUGUCCCAAAUGUCCAGCCUGAUGGAGACCUUGCAUUCAGGUUAUGAGGCUGAAAGCGAGGAAAUCAUUGCAUUUUCUUUGCUGAAGAGUCCGGAGAAUAAGACCAAGGCUGUACGAUACGCAGCCGCGCAAUGUAAUGUGGAAGAAACGGAUAUCAUGGAUUUAUUCCCAUGUACUGGCAUACAAAAGUCGUUAUUAUCAAUGACCGCUAAAUCGUCAAGUUCAUACAUCGCAAGACCUCUACUCAAACUCAGGAAGCAAGUUGAUCUAGACCGACUCCAAAGAGCCUGGGAGAUUGCAAGCAAAACUACUGCUCCGGUCAUUUGCUAUCGAAUUGUAAAUGUUCCCGACGAAGGCUUAGUUCAAGUUCAUGUGAACGAGAAAAUUGAGUUUGCUGCAUACAGUAACGUGGAAACGUUCCUUUGCCAAGAUACAGCCAAUCCUAUGGGCCUAGGCACGCGCCUAACUCGGUUCUCGUUCGUCAAUGACACAUCUGGGGAGUGUUGUCUCGUGUUAACUCAGCACCAUGCUAUGUACGAUGGGUACUCGUUAAACCUACUACUUAACGAGGUGUCUAAUGUCUACUCGUGCAUUGCAUAUGACAGUCCUGUUGCUCCCUUCCAGGCCUUUGUCAAGCAUAUAGGCAGCAUAAGCAAGGCAGAAUCUCGACAAUUUUGGCAGUCUCAAUUUGCCGCCUCCGACACUGCUCUCUUUCCUGAACUUCCAGAGCAAGGCUAUCAGCCCAAGGCGGAUAGGACUGUGAAGCACGACAUCUCUGAUCUUAAAUGGCCAGAGCGAGAUGAGACACCAUCAACUUUAAUACGUGCUGCUUGGGCCAUUUUGGCUGCGAGAUACACCGAUACGCACGACGUGGUCUUUGGUGCGAUGGUUACUGGACGACAGGCGCCGCUACCAGGUAUUGAUCGAAUGAUUGCACCUCUGGCUAAUGCUGUUCCGGUCCGUGUUAAAUUUGAGCCCGAACAAAGUGUCAACAGUCUACUGCAUGAUAUCCAACAGCAGUCAGUCGAUAUGAUCGCCUUUGAGCAAACCGAGCUGUUGGAUAUUCGCCGGAUCGAUGCCAACACUGAGCGAGGAACACGCUUCAACACGCUUCUCGUUGUUCAACCUCCCUUUCCCCAAAGGUACGGCCAGCAAAAUGACUCUCCAUUUUUACAUCACUUUGAGACUAUUUCUGGAAGCGAUGAUCUUGACGAUUUCAACCCCAAUGCUGUCAUGGUAAUGUGUCAACUUUCAAACGCCGGUAGUCUCCAGUUAGAAAUCAGCUUUGACUCUAGUAUUAUUGGAACUUCUCAAAUGGAGCUCAUCGCUUGCCAGUUUAAGCAUGUCUUGCGUCAAAUUUGCCUCGCCAGUACUGAGACCGUACAAGAUAUCAGUAUGGCAAGUCCUCAAGAUAUUCAAACACUCUGGAAGUGGAACUCGCCUGUUCCAGAGGCAAUCAACGAGUGCAUUCCUGACCUGAUCAGCAAGAUCGUCAAGGAACAGCCAGAUGCAACUGCAAUUUGCGCCUGGGAUGGUAACCUAUCAUACUCGGAGCUAAGUACGCUCUCUGAUAUAUUGGCCUUGUACCUUGUUUCUCUUGGAGCCAAACCAGGGACGCGAGUUCCUUUGUGCUUUGAGAAGUCUGUGUGGUAUCCUGUUGCUGCACUUGGAGCCAUGAAGGCUGGUGCCGCAUGUAUCGCCAUUGACUCGACUCAGCCUGAAGCCCGCCUCAGGGCAAUUAUUUGCCAAGUCGACCCAAUCUUUGUGUUAUCAUCGCCCAAUAAUGACUCCAUGGUCAAACAACUAACGACCGCGACUAGCGUAAUAGUGAGCCAACAGUAUAUCGAUAAGUAUUCAUCGAAACUUGGCGAAGACUGCUUGCCCAAAAUCAGCCCGUCAGAUACCCUUUACAUUGUAUUUACUAGCGGAUCAACGGGAACUCCCAAAGGCGUCAUCACGAGUCAUGUGAAUUUUGCAUCCGCAGCUAUUCACCAGGCCGAUAUACUCCACAUCAAACGCGGAACCAGAGUCUUCGACUUCGUGUCAUACAGCUUUGACGUGUCAUGGUCCAAUCAUCUCCAGACAUUGAUUUGCGGGGGCUGUCUUUGUAUCCCCUCAGAAUGGGACCGGAAAAACGACAUCAUAGGUGCUUUCAACAGAAUGGACUGCAGCUACUCUUAUUUCACCCCUUCAGUAGCACAAUCACUUGAUCCGGCCUUGCUUCCCGGGCUCAGAACCCUUGCCAUGGGAGGCGAGGUUAUCCGAGGGACGGAAGUUGCGCGCUGGAAUCAAUACGUGGAUACGGUGAUCGGUAUCUAUGGUCCUGCGGAGUGUGCUCAAGCUCUAAGUUUCGCAUGGCUGAGUGGCACAAGCCGCAAUGGCCAUGUCGGAUACUCCUACGGUGCAAGAACCUGGCUUGUGCAACCCGGUCGGCCAGACCAUCUAGCCGCCGUUGGGACUAUCGGAGACCUUGUUAUUGAAGGUCCGACUGUCAGCGAAGGAUACUUCCAGAGCUCGGACGAAGCAGCAGCAUCGUAUAUAGACAGCCCAUGCUGGCUCACACAAGGCUCCAACGAUCACCCUGGUCGAAGUGGCCGGGUUUACAGGACGGGGGAUCUUUUGAGAUACAACGAGGAUGGAUCCAUGGACUUCAUUGGCCGUAAAGACAGCUUGAUCAAGUUACGUGGUCAAAGGAUCGAGUUGGCUGAAGUGGAAUAUCACGUUCGGUCCUGCCUUGGUAAUGAUGCCAGCCUCUACCACGGCAUCGCAGCCGAGAUCAUCAUUCCGCAGAAUAGCAACAGCCCUCUACUCGCCAUCUUUGCCAGUCUGUCAGAAAGUGCAGGCAAUCAAGCAGAGAUGCAGGAUGCUCAAGCUCAAUCUAUGCAGCGAUUCGAACAGAUGGAGAGAAAGCUCGCCGACCGUGUUCCCAUAUACAUGGUUCCAGCUGCAUACAUCCACGUUGACAAAAUUCCCAUGACCACUACAAACAAAACAGACCGAAAGGGUCUGAGGGAGAUCGGAGGCAGGCUAUCACAGGAGCAGCUUGCACAUUUACAGGCUCAAGGGAAAGAACAACGAGCGCCAAAUACAGCCUUGGAGAAGAAAUUGCAAGCUCUGUGGUCAAUGGUUCUGGGUGUCGACCCAGCAACGAUCAGUGCUGAAAGCCACUUCUUCAGAAUCGGCGGCGAGUCAAUUGCUGCUAUGCAGUUAGUCGCAGCCAGCCGGGAGGAGAAGCUGUCAUUUUCUGUGUCGGACGUUUUCAAAGCUCCUCGUCUUCAUGAUUUAGCAUCACUCAUUCUUGGGAUGGGCAAAGAUUCGGAGAUGCAGGUAUCCUAUGAGCCAUUCUCGCUCCUGGAUAGUCUGGAUUAUAAAUGGUUCAUCAACGAAUAUGUCCAGUCUGUUUUGGACUUUGAUGUAUCAGAUAUUGAAGAUAUUACUCCUGCUACAGACUUCCAAGAGCGUGCAGUGUUGGAUGCUAUGCAGGAUCCUCCAGGUAGAUAUCCUCAUUGGAUAUUUGACCUUCCUCGAGAUGUGGAUUUCAUGCGGCUGCAAGAGGCGUGUUACAGGCUUUUAAAACACUACGACAUUCUCCGCACCGUCUUCGUCGAGGGUCAAGGCCAACUUUGGCAGGUUUCAUUGAGUGAAAUGAAACCAGAUUACAACGUCUUUGAUGCCCAGAGUAACGAGCUAAAGUGUUUCAUCGACAAACUUUGCGAGGAUGAUUUGAGACGCCCCAGGAAGUUGGGUUCAUCAUUUGUACGAUUCAUGGUCAUCACACAUGAUUCCGGGAGUCACAAACUUGUCCUUCGUAUAUCACACUCUCAGUUCGAUGGAUACAGUUGGCCCAAAGUACUGGAGGCUCUGUCUGCGAUAUACAACCACCGACCAUUACUAAUUACGCCAAGAUUUGCCCAGUACAUCGACUUUUGUGCAAGGCAGAAGAAUGAUAGUCUAAAGUACUGGGCCUCUAGACUUACCGAUUGGUCAUUCCCUAGCUGGAGCUCAACGAAUACGGACAACAUCAGAUGCAGCCCAGAAGAUAGGCUGAGUACAAGCGAGACAAUCACAAUGCCAACUAAUAUAGCCAUGAGUGAAGGUAUCUCGGCUGCCACAGUGUUCCAUGCCGCUUGUGCAUUGGCAUUUUCGCGACAAUUCAGCCAGAAGGAAGUGAUUUUUGGACGUCUAGUUACGGGCCGUUCCAUGCUCCCGAGCAGUCUACAGAGUGUUGUAGGACCUACGAUGACUGAACUUCCUGUCCGAGUUUAUAUUAAACCUACAGAUAGCCUCGAUGAUGUUAGCCGGCAGUUACAUGAUCAGUUUAUUCAGGAUUCCACUCAUGAAGCUGCAGGCAUGGUUGAGAUCAUCAGGAACUGCACCACCUGGCCGGAGACAACAACCAACUUUGGAUGGCGCACUGCUUUCCAACAAGCGGAUGAUAGCGACUCAUUCGAUUUCCUCGGCUCGCCGAGCAAUUUCUCAUUCUAUCAAACCAGCCUGCCUGCGCGUGAUCGUCCAGAGAUCUAUGCCACGCCACGAAAUGGGAAGCUCGAAUUAGAAUUUGAGGGGAACAAAAGAAUUAUAUCCGAAAGGGCUAUGUUGGAUUUCAUGAAGCUGCUUCGAUCAAUUUUAGACAAAACGCUUGAAAGUUAG